CCUAAAUUCAAAUAGCACAAAAUCCAAAACAACCUCAAAGUUAUCUGAUUCAUGAGAUAACCAAAACUGAAAUAUUAAUUUCACACCUAAUAAGUUUUGAAUUCAUAGCAGCCAAACAAGGCCCCAAGGUCCCAAACUCUGCUCAAUGCACGCACACACACAAGCCAGCCCGCACUCAGAAAAUUAUGCUUUCCCUUGUCUGACUUUACUCAAAACCCGCGAAAAAGCUUUCGAAUCAAAAUCACACAUUAAAGCGCCCUACAAAACGUUCAAUUCCCGGAACAUCUCACCAACGGCAAAUGAAACCGAUCCAAGCAGCAAACGGGUUCAGUUUCCGAGUCGGAUUCUCCGGCUACAGCGGCCACCUCAGAGUCGAGCCUCUCUAUACCGAGGAGCGUGAUAACCCUAUCAAAUCCCUCCCCGACUUUGUUCUUCCACCUGCGUUUCCGACGGAAACACCUGAAUCGAUUGAGGAGCACAUAAAGGAGAAAUAUCUUUUGCCAAGAUUAGACGAGGAUGCUUUCUCUCCUGAAAAAGCUGGAAAGCAAUGGGAUUUUGACUGGUUUGCCAGGGCAAAAAUACCAUUGGAGCCAUCAAUGCCAAGAGCUAUAAUGGUUCCAGUUUGGGAAUUACCUUUCAGACGGUGUAAGGAGGGAUCAACUGAAGGAAAGUGGGAGCCUAAUUCAACGCAGGUGGACGUAUCAGACAUAAUAGUUGGAGGUGAAACUCGUGGAUCCUUUCCACGAGCGUCUAAUGGUGCAGCCAAUGAUAUUGUGAGAGGAAGCAUUAAUAACCGCCCUUUUCGUCCAGGAGGCUUGGAGGAUCAAUCUUUAGAGAGGAUAUUUCCUUAUGGUGCAUCUAAUGGUGAGUGGGUUCGUGAGGUGCUAAAUGGUGGUCCUGCUCAGACAAUUCCUCCAGGCUUUAAGCAAGGAUUAAAACUUGGUGAUCUUAUGUCACAUCCUUGCUCAUGGAAUGUUUACAAGGACCAAAGUGCACCUGAUGACACAUCAGUUGGAAAUUUGAGUGAGUUGUCUGUACAAUUUGAUGACUUGUUCAAGAAAGCUUGGGAAGAGGAUGUUGUAGAACUUGACAAAGAUGAAGGGCAUUCAACAGAAUCAGAUUCUGUUAAGUCAGAAGCUGAAGCCAACCAAGUUGAUGUUCUCAACACUCUUGAUACUGGAUCAUCUGCUUUGGAUGAGAUUUUGUCAGUUGAAGCUGAAAAAGUAGAUAAUGGCAGGGAUAAGGGUGGUCAGCAACAAAAGGAGGCUUGGGCUGUUAGUGGAGGUAGUGAGUGGAUUGCUGAUCAGUUUUAUGAACUAGUUCCUGACAUGGCAAUUGAGUUUCCUUUUGAGUUGGAUACAUUCCAGAAGGAGGCUAUUUAUUAUCUGGAAAAGGGGGAAUCUGUUUUUGUGGCGGCACAUACAUCUGCUGGAAAGACAGUUGUAGCAGAAUAUGCAUUUGCUUUGGCAUCAAAACAUUGCACUAGAGCUGUGUAUACUGCUCCAAUUAAAACAAUCAGCAACCAGAAGUAUAGAGAUUUCUGUGGGAAGUUUGAUGUUGGCCUUCUCACAGGUGAUGUUAGUUUGAGACCAGAGGCUUCUUGUCUCAUCAUGACAACUGAAAUCUUAAGGUCAAUGCUUUAUCGAGGUGCAGAUAUUAUUCGCGAUAUUGAAUGGGUUAUAUUUGAUGAGGUGCACUAUGUGAAUGAUGUUGAAAGAGGUGUGGUUUGGGAAGAAGUCAUAAUCAUGCUUCCAAGGCAUAUUAAUAUCAUCCUCCUUUCAGCCACGGUGCCUAAUACAAUUGAGUUUGCUGAUUGGAUUGGUCGCACAAAGCAAAAGAAAAUUCGUGUCACUGGAACAACAAAAAGACCAGUCCCACUGGAGCAUUGCCUGUUUUAUUCUGGAGAACUUUACAAAAUAUGUGAGAGAGAAGAUUUUAUACCUCAGGGACUGAAGGCUGCUAAAGAUGCUUACAAGAAAAAGAAUUCCAGUGCAACUAGUGGUGGGACUGGUUCAUAUAGUGGAUCUUCUACAGUUCAGGAUGGGGCUAGAGGUCAGAAACGUGAACCUUUUAACCGAGGGAAACAAAAUAAGCAUUCUGGUCCCCAAACUUUUGGGAAUUAUACUGGAACUGGUUGGGGGAAUCAAAGUAAUGGAGGUGGCCAGAAUAGUUGGGGCUCUAGGAGAACAACUUGGUUGAUGCUUAUUGACAAGCUUUCAAAGAAGUCACUAUUACCUGUGGUUAUAUUUGGUUUCUCAAAGAAUCAAUGUGAUAAAUCUGCUGACAGCAUCUCAGGAACUGACCUCACUAGUAGUUCUGAGAAAAGUGAGAUUCGAGUUUUUUGUGAUAAAGCUUUUUCACGGCUGAAGGGAUCUGAUCGUAACUUGCCCCAGGUUGUCAGAGUUCAGAACCUUCUUUACAGGGGAAUUGGUGUACAUCAUGCAGGUUUGCUUCCAAUUGUUAAGGAAGUUGUUGAGAUGCUCUUCUGUCGAGGUGUGAUUAAGGUUUUGUUUUCAACAGAGACAUUUGCAAUGGGGGUUAAUGCUCCAGCCAGAACGGUUGUAUUUGAUACAUUAAGGAAGUUUGAUGGCAAGGAAUUUAGACCAGUGCUUCCUGGGGAAUACACUCAAAUGGCAGGUCGUGCUGGCAGAAGAGGACUUGAUAAAAUUGGUACAGUUAUUGUGAUGUGUCGUGAUGAAAUCCCUGAAGAGAGUGAUUUGAAACAUGUUAUAACUGGAACUCCAACUAAGCUUGAAUCUCAAUUCCGGUUGACAUACAUCAUGAUCCUGCAUCUCCUUCGUGUCGAAGAACUGAAGGUAGAGGACAUGUUGAAACGAAGUUUUGCUGAAUUUCAUGCUCAGAAGAAACUUCCAGAGCAACAGCAACUACUAUUGCGAAAGCUUGCACAGCCAAAGAAAACUAUAGAAUGUAUUAAAGGUGAACCAGCAAUUGAAGAGUACUAUGAGAUGCAUACUGAAGCUGAGGAACACAGUGAACAGAUAAUAAAAGCUGUCAUGCAGUCUUCUGUAGCCAAACAAUAUCUUACACCAGGGAGAGUGGUUGUGGUCAAAUCUCAGUCAGCCCAGGACCAUUUACUAGGAGUUGUCCUGAAAUCACCUCCUGCCAAUAACAAACCAUAUAUUGUGCUACUUCUUAAACCUGAUGUGCCAUCAAUGACUCAAAGUCCCUCAGACCGAAGUAACUUGCAAGACAAGAAAGGUGCCGACUUCCAUCAAGGUUAUGUGCUGCUACCAAAAUCCAAGCGUGGUCUUGAAGAAGAUUACCGCAUAUCUGCUGGUCCACGUAAAGGUUCAGGUAUCAUCAACAUAACACUGCCACACCGUGGUGCUGCUGCAGGAGUGACUUUUGAGGUCAGAGAAGCUGAAAAUACAGAAUUCUUAUGUAUAUGCAAUAGCAAGAUAAAAUUGGACCUACCUGGACUUCUUGAAUUUGUUAGCAAUCCCGCUUUCUCCCACACAGUUCAGCAGCUCUUGAAAUUGAAGUCUAAUGGAAACAAAUAUCCUCCUGCCUUAGAUCCACUUAAAGAUCUAAAAUUGAAAGACAUGGAUCUCAUUAAAGCAUACGACAAAUGGACCCAUCUACUGCAGAAAAUGUCAGAGAACAAAUGCCAUGAAUGUAUAAAAUUGGAGGAGCACAUUAAGUUAGCCAAAGAAAUUAAGAAGCAUAAAGAGGAAGUUAACGCUCUUCAAUUUGAACUGUCUAACGAAGCACUCCAACAGAUGCCAGAAUUUCAGGGCCGGAUUGAUAUUCUGAAAGAAAUUGGUUAUAUAGAUGAAGACCUUGUGGUUCAAAUAAAAGGUCGUGUUGCCUGUGAGAUGAAUUCAGGGGAGGAAUUGAUAUGCACUGAAUGUUUAUUUGAGAAUCAACUUGAUGACCUUGAACCCGAAGAGGCAGUGGCUUUAAUGUCUGCCUUCGUGUUUCAGCAAAAGAAUACUUCCGAACCUUCUCUUACAUCCAAACUCUCUCAGGCCAAACAAAGGUUGUAUGACACAGCUAUAAGACUUGGUAACCUUCAAGCAGAGUUCAAAUUACCAAUAACGCCCGAGGAGUAUGCACAAGAAAAUCUCAAGUUCGGUCUUGUUGAAGUGGUGUACGAAUGGGCAAAGGGAACCCCGUUUGCAGAUAUUUGUGAGCUCACAGAUGUUCCUGAAGGCCUUAUAGUGCGAACAAUAGUCAGGCUGGAUGAGACCUGUCGCGAAUUCAAAACUGCCGCAGCUAUAAUGGGUAAUUCAUCGCUUUACAAGAAAAUGGAAUCUGCUUCCAAUGCCAUAAAACGUGAUAUCGUUUUCGCGGCUAGUUUGUACAUUACUGGAGUGUGAUAUGUAUAUUGUUCUGUGAUUAAUGAUUCUGACAUAGUUAAGUAGAUAGAUCCUUAAUCAAAACGAUUUUUAACCAUUUUCCCUUGGUUCUAGAAGCCUACAUAUUGAGAUUUAUUUCCCUUUCAGAUCAGGAUACCAUUGACCUAGUUCGCACGACCUUUUUUCCAACUUUGAUCUGUACAUUUGAUGUCCUUAAAAUCAUCAUAAAUUUUUCCCUGAUCUGUUUCAGAAA